AUGCUCGCAGCUCCGGCUUCUACGGGUCGCUGGGGCACUGGCGGGAUACCCGCUGUCCUGCACGCUCCUGCAAGCCCCUCGACGGUAUUUACGAGUGGCCAACUAUUCUCGCCGGGGCAUCAUUCGCCCAUUGACCCUGGCGUCAACCCACUGUCCGCAGAGGCCAUGGUGCAUGUCCCGCAAACACGCUGCUUGCGGCACCCGACUGGGCCGCGGUGGGCAAUGCCUAGAAUCCGGCCACGCUUGCCGACGCUCAUCUCCCGAGCCAUCCAGGCGCUUGGCGCUGAUCAUGAAGGAGGAAUCACAAGAGCAGCAUUACAAUGGGCCGCCAGCACAACACCACACCAUCCGCUCUGCGUCCUGCUCAUCAACCUGGUGGGGGAUCGCCUGGAACUGAUCGGGAUCUGCCCUUUUGGUAAUCGACGUCGUAUACGGUGA